UGGAAUUUGGUUUGUUGUUGUUUGGAUGUUUUGCUCUGGAAAAGCAGCGAAAAACUAUAGAAAACAGACAACUUGCAAGUGAUCCUUGCAGAUCUUCCGGAAUGGCCAGCACUGCCAGCACUUCCAAGAUCGUGGAAGAUGUUAUUAUCGAAGAGAUCGACAGUGCUACUCUCAAUGAGGAGGAGUUGUCUAAGUUCGUACCGUUAGAGCCCAUAAAAGUGGAGCAAUUGCCUCCUCGGAAGCCUCUGGUGAGCUCAAUUGAGGAGGAAGAGGAACUGAUCAAGCAGCUGGUGAACGGCGAGCUGUCGUUCAGUGAGUACAGUGAGCGCAUGGGCACCAAUACUGAAGACAUAGGUGCUGAGGAGGAUGCGGAAGAGGGUAAUCAGGGAGAGGCUUUCGAGAAGGAGCUGAUGAUGUCUCGCCGGGAUGCCUUCAGAGGUCAACUUUCUGGGACGACAAUGAAAGAUGGGCGGCUGUAUAGGCGACGGAAGUGCAUCCUUCCGCCAGCAUUGCAGGGCUUGAUGGGAGAGGCGAAUCUCUGCUAUGCCAGAGGUGACAACGAACUGGCCAAGAAGGUUUGUCUGGAGAUCAUUCGGCAAGUGCCGCUGGCAGCGGAGCCUUUUCACACGCUGGCGCAGAUUUACGAGAUGACAGACACUGAGAAGUGCAUGCAAUUCAUGCUGAUCGCCGCCCAUCUGGAUCCCGGCGACACUCAUCACUGGAUGCGCCUCUCGGAGCUGUCCGAGGAGGCGGGAAACAUGAAGCAGGCGGUCUUCUGUCUCACAAAGGCGCUCAAGUACGAUCCGCGGAACUUUGAGCUGCGCCUGAAGCGGAUCGAGUUGCUGGAGAAGAUGGGAGAGGAUCGCUUCGUGUUGCAGUGCUACUUCACCAUGAUCUCGUACAUUCCCGAGAAUCAGGGUGAGUAUCUGCUGUCGGUGGCGAAAAAGGUGGCGCACAAGUUCCACCAGGAGAACAAUUGCCAGAAGGCGCUGGAGGCCAUGAGGCGGGCGUACGAAAAGAUCCCCAAUCUCUUCACCACGGCGGACUUGAAUCUCCUGCUGGAACUGCUGAUGAUGCAGGGCAUGUACGAGAAGGCUGUGGAGAUCCUCUGCAAUCACACCGACGCCAGAGUGACUGUGAUCAAAGGGAAGGUGACGAACUGUGUCAUCCCUGAGAGUCUCAUCAUUGACUUCCGCACGAAGCUUUCGGUGAGUCUGAUACAUCUGCAGGUGAAGCCCUUCAUCGACCUGGUGAUCGAGAACAUCCUGAAGUACGUCAAUGUGGAGGUGGACGGCGAUUGCGUUCUCGAGGUGGCUGAGGCGCUGAUGUUGGUUAAUGAGUACGAGAAGGCGCUGAAGCUCCUCGAUCCGCUCGUGUACAGCCAGAACUUCAGCUACGCCGAGGUGUGGCUUCGCCACGGAGAUUGCUACAGGGCCAUGGCGAGGCACGAUGACGCCAUCAACUCCUACCGAAUGGUGGUGAGUCUGGCGCCGACGCAUCUGGACGCCAGACUCACGCUGUCGGCUCUGCUGAAGCUGAAGAAUCAGCCACAAGAGGCGCUGAAGGCGCUGGAGCAGGACCUGGAGAGUGAUCUGAUCGAUCCUAAGCUGCUGUACGAGCGCUGCUUCAUGCUGAAGGAGACGGGAAACCUGGAGCUGUACGUGGAUCUCAGCUACAUCCUCUUCUCCAGGCACUGCGUGAAGUACAGGAAUCGCGAGGAGGUGGAGGUGGCGGCGUUCGUGCAGACAUACUCGCAGAAGAUCACCAGCAUCAAGGAGCUGCGACAGGUGCGCCUGGAGAACAUGGACGACGCCGAUGGGCCGGAGUUCACGAAGAGUACAGAGGAGCCGACGAUUGAGGAGGAGUGGACGCUAUUCUGCGACGUGGUGAGGACAGUGGGCGAGAGCAAGCGAUACGACGUGAUGGAGAAGAUCACGCUGGCCGCCUUGACGUCCAAGAGAUUCCAGAGUCACAUCAAGGACAUUGGCUUCAUGUGCCUGCUGGCGUGUCUGCUCAACAGAGACACCCUCAUUGGCUACUACAUCGUCAAGGAGUUCCUCAUGAAGAACCUGCACGAGGCCAGAGCGUGGAAUCUGUUCAACGUGAUGAACAACAACUCGGACGAGGUGCGCGCAAACAGAUUCCUCCAGCGACUGCUCAACAGGCACGGCAACGAGCUAGAUCCCAGGACCAGUGUGCUGAGGGCGAACUACUGGCUGGCCAGUGGCACGUACAAGUACGCCCUGAACGACUACAUGUCGCUGUACAUGAAGACGAAGAAUCCUAUGAACGCCCUGCUCGUGGGCGUGACCUUCCUGCAGCUGGGCAGCCAGAAGUUCGGUAACCGGCCGAUGUACCUGAAGCAGGGCAUCACCUUCAUGGACGAGUACGUGAAGAAGCGCGAGCCGGAGGCCGCCCACGAAGUGUGGUACAACAUGGGCAGGUUCUACCAGCAGAUCGGCAUCCACCACGUCGCCGUGAGCUACUACAAGAAGGUGCUGCAGCACACCAGCGACAUGAUAAGGCAGCAUCCGCACAUUGUGGACCUGAAGCGCGCCACGGCGUACAAUUUGCACCUGAUCUACAAGGAGUCGCGCAACUACGAUCUGGCCAGAUUCUAUCUCUACAACUACAUUGUGGUCUGAAUGAUUGAGGCUCAGAAUAAAUGAAUUUCGCUAAGUCAAUGAAUCAAUUUCAGUCACAGUUCUACCACAGAGAUUAAGAACUUACCAGCGAUGGCAGAUGGACAAAUCUGGCUGCGGAGCGAAAGAAAGAGUGAAAGA